ACGAUGCAGUUCCAGCCCGACUCGGUGAGCCGCGCAGUCCGCCUCCGACGCUGGUGAUGCCCGCCGUGCGAGGAUCACCGCCCAGCAGCAACAGCAGCAAGAGGAGGAACAGGAGGAGGAGGAGGAGGUCGGGAUAACAAGGGCGUCAGGGGCCGAUGAUGUCGUUGGGAAGGUCGGGAUCAUGGCAAACGGAACCGGUACUAUCAUGUUAAAAUGCGUCGUGGUCGGAGGCGGUGCGGUGGGUAAAACGUGUCUGCUGAUGAGCUAUGCCAAUGACGCCUUUCCAGAGGAGUAUGUACCCACGGUCUUUGAUCAUUAUGCAGUGAGCGUCAACGUCGGAGGAAAGCAGUACUUGUUGGGACUGUAUGACACAGCUGGUCAGAGAGGAGUUGUAUCUGGGCCCCAGUCAGCCCGGUAGCUCUUACAAAUAUGGUCCCGUCAGUAACGGCACCGUGGGCCGCAGACCCACCCUUAUUGAACCGGAGCGUCUGAAGGACUUUGGUGUGGAAGAACUUCUCAACGGUGAUGUGAAAGUCCACGAAACCAAAGUAGUGAUGGCUCCUGAGGUUGUCCUCAUGGACCCCCCCAAAACCAGGCGAGUCAGCGAGUUCAGGAUGAUCCCGAGACCUCCUGCCCAGUACCUCCGCUUCGAGGACAUCAGCGCGGCAGCCUUCAGGAUCCAGUCAGGGAUGCAGAAGACGCCUUGCACGUACUCCAGAUUGUCCAAACAGUACGGGAUGGAGAUCUACCUGAAGAAGGAGCACCUGCACUACACCGGCUCUGUGAAAGAGAG